AUGGAGCCAAGGAUGGGCAAAUUAUUUGCCUCGAUAUUCAACAAGGCCGAAGAUAUCGACGCGGAACGAAGCGUUUCAGAUGAUGAUGUUCUUCUGCUUGCUGAACGCUUGGUCAUCCUUUGCUCAAUCCACGAGACACAAAAGCGUGGGCGUGGGAAAAAACAAAAUCAUGAGAAAGUACCAAACCAUGAAAAAGUCAAUCGAUAUCGAGAUCGAACGGCUCAAAGGGUCUACCUGACGGUUCUCAAGGAGUGCCCAGACAUCUUCAUCGCUUUCAUCCUCGUUGUGUCCCCGAGAUACUGUAUUGAAUUUGACCUUCGGACAUUUCGCAAGCAGCACAAAGCGAAGGCGAAACCCAUCGCUCUCUUUAACGAUUGUGAAUCGAUUUUUCGACGAAUCGCCAUUGAACAUAGCCUCGAGAAGUCCGAGACUUUUCAAAUAUUGAUAAAACAACUUUUCACCCUGCCUCGACCAUCCACAGAAGCCGAAGGGACAGAGAAAUGUUCGCUAUCAUUAUGCAGUCUUCCUGCGACCCGCAUCGCUUUUGGUGAUAUUAUAGGGGAUGCUGUUGAAUGUUCUCCCGCUCAUCUUCCAAUGAAUGCCGACAGCGAUUACGCAGAAACAACACAUUGUGUCAGAACUACGGUGUUCCUCAACCAUGAGGACACAAUCAUCCACAUCGAUGUGGGCUGCGCACUUAAGCUCGCUGAAAUGAUUUUCCCUUCUUCAAGCCAGAAAAUCGCUUUUGCUAUCUCUCAACUCAGUGCCAGUCACGAGUCACCAAUCACAGAUAUUGGAUGUUUACUGAUCGGCUCUAUAUAUCUCGCCUAUUUCACGUUACGUGGUGCUUCUAUUGCUGGUAUACGAUCGGCGUUCAGCGACUACAUCUAUGAAGCCAUAGAGGACAGCCAAUUGAGAAGGUGGGAAAAGCACCAUAUGCUUAGUGCAGUUACAGACUGCAUCACAAUGCGGAUAUGGAGAGCAGAAGUACAACGUGGUCUCAUUAUAUUGCGAAUUGGACAUUAUACAGGUGUCAAUUUGGCAAACAAACUUUAUGCAGAGCCUCUUCCCGACACGGCGUCUUGA